UCAGAGUCAAUGACGGAGAUCUUCAAUAUGAACCUCCUUGAGGGAUACACGUCGGGUACAGUUACUCGUCCCAUUGCUCAACGCGAACCUGUAGCUGCCAGGAACUGGGACCUGAACAAUGCUGGCAUCGUCGCUGCCCUUCGUAAUCGUGUCUCCCAUGAUGACAAACGCACCCUUGAUGGAAUUACUCUCGCUCAUGUUGCUUGGAACGCUUUGCGUUCCCGCCACCAGAAACUGGGCCCCAUUGCUCAGAUUCUCAAAAUCCAGGAGCUCCUCAAUGUGCGUUACUCUAAGGCAACCAGCCUGUUGGAGACAAGCCAUUGCCUGACCGAGGGUGUUCGCUCGAUCUUCGACAUGGGCAUCCCCACGCAACAGGUCUUCUUGUCCAUCAUUAUGCUCAACGCUCUCUCUGGGGACCUGUCUCAUGUGCGUGACCAGGUUGCCAGCUCACUCGCUGGCAGCACUCUACUUCACCCAUUCACACCUAAUGAUAUCCGUACUCGCCUCGACAUGGAGCAGCAACUC